CCGCGGUUAUUUUUGUUAACUUUCUUUUAGUUUCAAAAUUCAAAGUAUUUAUUUUUUAUGCGAUAAUCGUCCACUUUUUGUACUGUUUAAAUAAAGUGACAAUGAUUGAUAUAAGUGAUGAUGAAGAAGUGAACAAAAAGUGUUUUAAAUAUCGACACAAAUUGACCGGUAGCUUGAACAUAAUUUACAAUGCAUCCAAUUCUAUGUUAUGUUUAUGGAACAAAUACCAAAUAUUUAUCCACGAACAUUUUAAUUUCGAAGAUGCAGCCAAGAUAAUAAUUCCCGAGUUUCAAAUCAGAGAAUCUUUGCUUAUAGAUAACUACCUGCUUUGCUUAGAUUACAGUGGGAAUGUGCAUUUAAUAUCUUUAAAAUUUAAACAUUCCGCUACAAAAAGACUUAAAAGUUCCUUCUCUCCGAGAGACCAAAACAUAAUAACAAUGAAAAACAUUGGUAGUGAUGUAAUAUGUAUUAAGAAGGAAAAUGAAAUUUGUUACAUAUGUUUAUAUAAAAUGAAUGUAGACUUUCAACUGACUAGAAAACAAGAAAUUUUUGUACAGAAUUCAUUAGAUAGCACAAAGUGUCUACUUUACCUACAUGCGCUGUCUCUACAAGAAUUUGAUACUGUAAAGGAAAUGUUUAAUUGCCAAGAUAGUGUUUGGAAGGACCACUAUUUAAUAAUAAUUUCUUUUGACAAAAGAACAAUGUUUGGUUGCUUAUUUACUUACCACAAUAAUAAUAAAAUCACUUUAAUCAAACUUUUUGAUUGUCCCACUGAAAUAAGUGAUGUAAAAAUUUUGAAUCGGAACCAUCCUCAAGUACUAAUGGCUCUUUCAUCUGGUACAUUUAUAAAAUUAGACUUAAAUAAAGAAAAAUCACAUAACAUAGUACAUAUGAACAGUUGUAUAGAUAAAUUUCUUGAAACAAAUGAUUGUAUCUUAUAUUCCGAUGGUUCUUCUAUGUGGAAAGCAGAUAAUAUAUAUGAAAACAGUAUUUCUUUUAAACAAUUAUUUGUAAAACAAGUUAAGGAUUUUGUUAAAUGCAAUGACCAAAUAGUUUGCACUACUUAUACAAACUUUAUUUAUAUAUUUUCAAUUGAUGAUGAAUCUUCAUACUUGAAACCUAUAUCCAAUGAAGAAUAUUGUUCCGCAGAAAUUUUAUUAAACAAUUCACACUACUUAGAAAGGAUAGUAAAUGAAGUUAAUAAAAUGCAAGAACUUUUUAAGGAAAUUAAUGAAGAAAAGAAUCAUAUAACCACUCUAGCAUUGUCAAAUAAACAAGAUCUUAUGGAUACUAUUAUCCACUAUAAUGUUACUGUUUUCGAUGAUUAUGAAGAUAUUUUAAACUCGGACAAUGUUUUAAUAUUUGCCGAUGACCCUAAAGAUAUAUUUUAUAAGGAUUCUUUCUACUUUUUGAUAAAUAUUACAACUUCACACCUCCAACAAAACUUCAAAGAAAUCCUCUCAAAUUUAUUUGGCGAUCUUAGGAUUCAUAUUACAUUAUUAACAAAUGAAAAUAUUUUAAAAACAACUACAGUGAAGAUUCUGGAAGAACUUAAAAAAAUAGAUAUCGUAGUAACAUUGAAAACGAAAUAUUUGGACUUGAGGAAGAAUUUUUUUAUAAAUUUGCAACUUGUUACAAGGAUACCAGGUGUUUUAGAUACAAAACAAAACCUAUGGACAUGUUUGCAUGAAAAAUAUAUUCCACUAACAUCUGAAUAUUUUAUAAAAACUAGAAAAUCUCCAAAACAUAUUUAUUUGAAGGAGAAUGGAAGUGAACUAGAAGACUUAAUUUUCAAAACAGUCGAUAAUCAAUUUGGUACUUUAUUUAGUAUUGCAAAAAAUCCUAUGAAAAUUAAUAUUUAUGAGUGGGUGUUUUAUGCCAAAUUACCAAAUGAUUACAAGCAGAUAUUUAAAGAAUAUAAUAUAGGAAAUAUUUUUGAUACAAGAAAAUGUGAAUAUAUUAAAGAACUCAUAUCAAGUGAAGAUUUUUUGAAAUCUCAAACUACCCUCCAAUUUUAUGUCAACAACGAAAAAGCUGAUAUAGAAAUAUUAAAUGAUGGUUUCUCUCGACCUGUAUUAAAAGUAACGAGUACAAAUGCGAAAGUAGCGCUUGAUAUUCGUAAUUUUAUGGCAAACUUGGUCGGGAAUGGUUUUUUGGGAUCACAAGAGAUGGUUGUGAACUGGUCAUUAUACUCAGUAGUUGAGACACUACAAAGAGCUGUUAAUGAUUGUCUAGUCAAAGGGAACGCUGCUGAAGAAUUUUUCGAUUUACAUCAUACUUUUCAAAGAAAUAUUAUAGCAAAUUUACCAAUUUCUUAUGUGUUUUAUUUAAAUCUUGCCUAUCCUACAAAAUACAAAUGUGUCAUAAUUGUAAGAAAUUAUAAAAAGAAAAAAGAAAGUGAUGUGAUCGAAGAAGAUACCCAACGAGCUGUUUCAUAUGUUGAUGAUGGUAUAAUGAUGGCAUGA